AUGUACAUCCUGGAUCCCAUCUACAAGGUGUUCGAUGCCAUCAUGAACUACAAAAAGGAGGAGAUCGGCACGCUGCUGGAGAAGAUCGGCGUUACGCUCAAGCACGAGGAUAAGGACAAGGAUGGCAAGGCGCUGUUGAAGACCGUGAUGCGCACCUGGCUGCCAGCCGGUGAGGCACUGCUUCAGAUGAUUGCCAUCCAUUUGCCAUCGCCCGUGGUUGCCCAGAAGUACCGUAUGGAGAUGCUGUACGAGGGUCCUCAUGAUGAUGAGGCUGCCAUCGCUGUCAAGAACUGCGAUCCCGAUGGUCCAUUGAUGAUGUACAUCUCCAAGAUGGUACCGACCUCCGAUAAGGGACGUUUCUAUGCCUUCGGCCGUGUGUUCUCCGGCAAGGUGGCCACCGGCCAGAAGUGCCGCAUCAUGGGCCCCAACUACACGCCCGGCAAGAAGGAGGAUCUGUACGAGAAGGCCAUUCAGCGCACCAUUCUGAUGAUGGGUCGCUAUGUGGAGGCUAUUGAGGAUGUCCCAUCCGGCAACAUUUGCGGUCUGGUCGGUGUCGAUCAGUUCCUGGUUAAGACCGGUACCAUCACUACCUUCAAGGAUGCCCACAACAUGAAGGUGAUGAAGUUCUCCGUGUCGCCUGUGGUGCGUGUUGCCGUCGAGCCCAAGAACCCUGCUGAUUUGCCCAAGUUGGUGGAGGGUCUGAAGCGUCUGGCCAAGUCUGAUCCUAUGGUGCAGUGCAUCAUUGAGGAGUCUGGUGAGCACAUCAUUGCCGGUGCUGGUGAAUUGCAUUUGGAAAUUUGCCUUAAGGAUUUGGAGGAAGAUCACGCUUGCAUCCCAUUGAAGAAGUCCGAUCCCGUGGUCUCUUAUCGCGAGACUGUCUCCGAGGAAUCCAACCAGAU